AUGUCCGGUAAUACAUCUUCAUUCAAGCGCAGCGCCAGAGAAAAAUGUUGGGAAGCAAGAGACUCUUACUUUGAAUGUCUAAAUAAAAACGAUAUUUUGGAUCCUUUGAAAGAUAACGAACGGGCAUCUCAGGUAUGCAGCUCUGAAAAAAUCAAUUUUGAGUCAAAUUGCAUCCAAUCUUGGGUCAAUUAUUUUUGCAAGUUUCGUGUUCAACAACACAAGCAACAAGAAGCCAUUCGAAAUCUUGAGGAAAGUGGUGCUCGUCGUUUAUAA